CCCUCCAGCAUUCACGCCUACCGGCGUCCGGUGUAUAUCUUCCACGUUAUAGUCCCGGGACUUUAGCACACCAACACCUCGAUAGGUGUGGGGGUGAGCCCCAGAGGAGGUGUCAAUCCUAGCGCUGCUCAGUGACCGUCGCGGCGCCACCCAAGUAACACCUUCGCCUUAAACCCGCGCCGCUGAAACUGAAACCCUUCCUUACUCACCUCAUAGCUGCAGCCGGGUUUCUUAUUCUUACCGCUCGCGUUGCGUACGUUGCGUUUGUUUCGAUCCUCACAGGCACGCAUUUUAUACCAUUCUCCGUGAAUCGCCGGCCGUCGGAACGUGUCGCGGAGCUCAGUUUUCCGAGUUUUAUUACGCGGUGCAGUGCUUCUGCGUUUCGCGCUAACGCCUCAUAGGCGCUGGAAAUUUUUCGAAUAAUUUUUUUUUUCGCCUUCAUCCGAAUUCCGUUAUCCUUCGCUCGUCUGCAAAAAGGACCUGAUCAAUAUUUUUUGGAAUUUAAUAAUCCAAACCAAACUGACUGUGUCCAAGUUGGGAGGAACGAGAGUUUCUCAGAGUGCAGUUUGAAAUUUCGAGUAAUAACAUCGGCGAACAGCGUGCAAGCGUCCCUCUUACAUCUAAUCAACGCAACUAUGGCUUCUGAAAGUGCAGUGAAUUUAUUCUCACAUACCCUACGCGUAUGCGUUUGAUGUAUGAUGUCGCUGACUAUUUUGCUCAAAAUUUAUAUGAGAAUGAAACGGACUGAAUCAUGCGACGAGUCCUCGUUUGUAUUACAGUGAUGUGCUAAUUACUGGGGUACACAAACAUUCGAUAACGCUCGAAGGUAUUGCGAGAAUACUUACCUCGAUAUCAGGCGUGAGUCACGCCCGAUGUUAACAUAAGAAAUAGAAUAAGCAAAGAGUGGACUGAAUCAAGCUCAGCCUUCCAUUCUACUCAUUUUGGCCUGCACACGGUGCUGCAGUGGCAGCUGCUGCCGAACCUUUUAAACCUCCGCCGCAUUCUACCUCCGUAUAAGAACAUUUGAACCUUUUAAAAUUAAAUCCCUGAAAUACAAGAACUGCUCGAUUGUGUGAAGGAGUUUUUUAAAAAUAAAAAAACGGAAGAAAAGUGCAGCGUACAGUGUCGUGGUUAUCUGCUCUCGCACGUUGCACGUACGUGAGAAAGUUUCGUCGAGAUAUUGAAAACGAUGAGAAGAUAAGGUUCAAACUUAAUGAAUCGUGAAGAGAGAUAAAUAUAUACAAACUGUGCAGUGCGCGAGAUUACAGGUAGACGAACGCGUAUGUGUGUUGACUGUUUACUGUCCAUUGCCUAUGGCGGAACAUUCGUGUUUGUAAAAUCUCAGCACGUAGCAAACGCUUUGAGAACAUAGUCGAAAGAACAGUGUGGCGAAUCGCUUCGUCGGUUUACUAGAGGAAUCGUGUUGGAAAUUGAAUCAGCAAUGAGUACCGCUUUGCGAGAAGAUACCACUCCGAUCAAUGCAGGUAUCCUCGGCGUAAUUAUAUCCGGUGUAAUCGCAUCGAUGACACAGAGCAGAUUAUGGAACGUGCCCACGUUGACGGUUCUCUCGACUGCCGGACGUCUGCAUCAGCAGCAAAAGCAGCAGUUUUAGGCGUGAUCGUUCCUAAUCUUCUUACAAAUUCGCUUAGCUCUUGUAAGCUCUGUCCUAAGCUUCGGCGGUGGAAAAGCUCCGGUAAUACCGUGAUAGAAAAAGUAAGAGAAGAAUUUGGAUCCAGGGAGUGCGACGUCGAUCGGGAAGUGGGAAUCGAGGUAUCGGCUGUCGUCCUUCACCGGGAUCGCCGCGGCGAAAUUCAAGGAGCGCGUUAACGCCGAGCGGGAGAAUCAGGGGGUCGAGAUCUCGCUGGAGGCGCCAAUCGCCAGCUAAAUGAGAUUCGAACAAGACUCGGCGUGCAGCAGGGGUACCCACUGCGCCAGCAUUCCGCUCCUAUUGAGACCCAGGUUCGAGGUGUCUGCAUCCGUAAAGGACAGCUUCGGGGAGCGUGACGACGGGAAGGACCAAGAGUUGGAGACGAACGUGGGCGAGACUGCCAAGACGGGGAUCAGGGGGGCGGUGGGGGGGCCUGGGAUGGCGUACCCCGCACCGGCCGCGGCACUGAAUCAACACUCGCCGUUUGCCGCAAUUUCCGGAUCAACGACGGGCUCUAGUCACCUCGGGAGUCAUCUGCCGGCACCGGUGGCUCCCCGGCCGACAGAUUUCAGCGUCUCGUCACUUUUGACCGCCGCGACCACCCACCCGCCGCAUUUGCAGGGGGGCUCGUCCUCCCAAGGAAGCGCGUCGCCGCCACCCGGAGGCCCCGGGAGUCCCGCGGCAGCCCCCGAAACACCCCCGCCAUUGCCAAAUUCUCAGCGAGAACUUUCGCAGCACCCCUCGUCAGCGGUAGCCAGCUAUUUCAGCGCUGCCGCCCUCGCCGCUGCCGGAUUUUACAACCCCGCGGCACACCUUCCGCCUACGAGUUCGCCGGGACCGACGCAUCACCUUCAGGGGAAGAGCAUUUUGUCCAGCCCCCAUCAUCAUCCGCACCUCAAUCCGCACGGACUCACGCCACCGGGUCUGGGCCUAGGUCCCCACACCCCGGAAGAGGCGCACGCUGCCGUUUUAGCCGUGGCAGCGGCAGCGUUGCACCAUCAUCACCAUCACCAGGGCGGGCCCGGUGGUGGAAUGAGGCCCCUGAGGCAUCCGAUGCCCCCGGGGAUGCUGGGUCCUUCCUUACCCCUUCCACCGCACCACCCGCUCGCGGGUCCUCACCACCCCCUCGUACCGCCGCAUCACCCCGAGGAAGACGGAGUCGUUGACGACCCCAAGGUCACCCUCGAGGGCAAGGAGCUAUGGGAGAGGUUUUACAAACUCGGGACGGAGAUGGUCAUCACGAAAAGUGGCCGGCAGAUGUUCCCGCAGAUGAAGUUCCGGGUGUCCGGUCUCGACGCCAAGGCGAAGUACAUCCUAUUGUUGGACAUCGUUGCGGCGGACGACUACAGAUACAAAUUUCACAACAGCAGAUGGAUGGUAGCGGGUAAAGCGGAUCCCGAAAUGCCGAAGAGGAUGUACAUCCAUCCGGACUCUCCUACCAACGGUGAACAGUGGAUGCAGAAGGUCGUAAGCUUCCACAAGCUCAAACUGACGAACAACAUCAGCGACAAGCACGGCUUUGUAAGUACUACGAUACUGAACUCGAUGCACAAGUACCAGCCGAGGUUUCAUCUCGUGAGGGCGAACGACAUCAUCAAGUUACCCUACUCUACGUUCCGAAGUUACGUCUUCAAGGAAACCGAAUUCAUCGCUGUGACCGCCUACCAGAACGAGAAGAUCACGCAGUUGAAAAUCGACAACAACCCCUUCGCAAAAGGUUUCAGAGACACGGGGGCAGGAAAGAGAGAAAAAAAAAGACAGGCGCUGUUAACGGUGUCAGGAGGUGGUUCAAGAUUGACAGCCGGUGAGCCAUUGCCGAAAAAACGUCGAUCGUCUACCUCCGGUAACGAUAUGGACGACGAGGACAAACUUUUGGACGUAGUUGGCCCGGACACACCUCAUCCGGCGCACCAUCACCGAGAACGAGAACAUUCGAGAGAGAGGGACGACCGAGCGAGCGACAGGGGCGAGGGCAGCGAAUCCUCGGGUUCCGAAAGCGGUGGAACUACAAAUGCCGCGUCGGAAGGACCAAGGCCGGAUGUCUCCGUCGGCCCGCCUCUCCAUCCACCGCUCCUUCCCUGCCUUUAUCCCCCCGUGCCAGGACUUUACCCGGGUCCUGGUCCGCUCCUACCUCCCAGUCCUCUCGGACUUCACGGGGGUGUUACACCGGGUAUGCUUUUCAACGCCCAACUCGCCCUCGCCUCGCAGCACCCGGCUCUCUUCGCCCACUAUCCUCAUCCCCUCGCGAGUCCUUUGCAUCAGCUCAAAGGCCACAGAUUCGCACCUUACGGACUUCCGGCGCCUUCUCACGGGUCAGCUUUUGAAACGGUCACGCCCGGAAGUAGAACGUUAAGUCCUAGAUCCCCACCCCCCCGACCCCCGACGGGGUCGCCGUCGCCCGGCGGAGCGCUUUCAUCCGCGCCCUCGUCGACGGGGGACUUGAAGUCGAUCGAAAACAUGGUGAACGGCCUCCAACGUAAAAGGAGAACGACGAGUCCUGGUCCGAGGCCCGGUAGCCGAGGUGAUGGGGAAACGGGAGGUGGGGGGAGCCCGUGACAGGAGAACGAUCUCGUAACCAGCACACUCCCGGACCCGGAGGAUGAGGAACAGGAAGAAUCUAGCCAGGAGGAGGACUCGGCGGACGAACGAGGAGAUGAGCCGGACUCUACCUCGGCCCCGUCGUAGCGAUAAGGUCUAGGAGCAAUAUGUUUUCCGACAUCUAUUUUCUUUGUUUUUCUUUGGUGGACGGUUUGCGUAUGUUCCAAAGGCCGACAGAUCGUGAAGGAAGACAAAAUGAAGGAAUUAAAAAAAAAAUAAAAUAAAAAAAAAA